CAUCUUAAGUUGCAUCUAAGAAAACUACUCUGAAAUCCAUAUCAGAUUGUAUUGUAUAUUUGUUUGGAUAUGUUGGGUUACCUGUGGUGAAUUUCCUGAAAGUGACCGUACUGCAAGUGGCGCGCUUUUUGUUUGCCAACGUUUCCAACGAUCUCCACUUGCAGCCACACCAUCCACUCGAUUGGGAAAUUGACAAGCCGCACAUAAUUUGGCGAAAUAAGAGCGAAAACAGACGAAAAUGGCGCAGAUUGCACCAGACUGCAAGGACACGCAGGACUUUCAAUUCAAACUGCACCACAAGGUUGUUGCGUUCAAAAAAUGCGGUGAGCCCCGCAGCAAUGUGAACCUGCUGGCGGUCUCCAGCAGCCGGGGAUUACUCUUUGCCGGGAGUCCAACGCAGCCGGAACUCAAAGUGAUCAUUGUAAAGGAUUUGGUCAAUGCAAAGAGCACAGGCCAACAGCCGCAGGCGCGUCUGGUGACACUGCCCAGUAUUCCGAAUUACAUUGCUUGCAACUCCGAUGGUAACCUGCUGGCCGUGAAUUACACCCAAAACGGCACAGGCCUGCUGAGCAUAUAUGCGGUGAUAUCGUUUAUGACCCCUGAUGUUCGUCCUGUUUCCAGUAUUCGCCUGGCCGCCGAGGAUCACGUGCACAGCGUCCAGCUGCUCUGGAAUCCAGUGCUGCCCAACAGCCUGGCCGUUGUUUUGAGCAACGGAGCGCUUGCAAUGUAUGCCCUGAAGGAGGGGGGACACGUUGAAAUGCACUCGCUGAACAAGGAUCAACAAGUUAAGUGCGGCUGCUGGUCGCCCAAGGGCAAACAGAUCGUUCUUGGUUUUUCUGGCGGCACGGUGAAGCAGUUCAAGCCGGAUCUGACUCUGGCCAAGCAGAUUUUGUGUCCUCCGAAUAUACAUGAUGCCCCCUUUGACACCAUUGCUAUACAGUGGCUGUCGACAUUUCAGUUUGCAGUGAUCUUUCUCCAGCAUGGCGAGGACUGUAGCCCCUCGCUGUACAUCCUAAAUGCUCCCAAGGAUGGUGCGCCCAGAUACAUAAAGUACUAUGACAUCUGCUACAGCAUUAACGGCCCCAGGAAAGAUCAGUUCCUAUUUAGCCAUGUGCCCCAGUGGAAUCUGCUGCUCGUAGUCUCGGCUAAUGGCGUGGAAGUGGGCAUUAUGGGAUCAACCGAGGCUGGCGAUUCACCAGCUUGGCAGCAGCUUACAUUGCUCGAUGAGGCACGCAUUGAAAUGCCCCUAAGUGAAGACAAGGAUGAGACUUUUCCGCUGGGCUUUGCUUUUGACACUUCUACAACGCACCAGCUGACGAUAAAUGAGCAGAAGCUGCAGACUAUGCCCAUGGUGCAUGUUUUGAGUUCGGAUGGAAUAUUGCUCUCAUUCAACUUUCUUAAUAUGCUGCCGACGGCGGUGUCUGUUUGUUCGCCACCUCCUCCAGUGGCCGAUACUUCUGGGCAGUUCAAGCCGUUGAAUACGCUGCUUGCUAGUGAGGAAGAAGAGCAGCCGGCUUGGGCAGCCAGUCCGCCCACCAAGGCUCCUGCUGUAACUCCUGCUGCUUCCUCGGACAUAUCUUUUGCAUUCCCGCCGAAUACCGUUACUUCAACCCCAGCUCCCUCGAAGGAUAAGCAACCAUCAUUGUUUUCUGGCUUUGGAGCAGCUGCAGCUAAGGCACCUGCUUCGCAGCUAUCUUUUGGAACUGCUCCGACUUCUAGUCCACUUUCGUUUGGUGCUCCAGCUACCAAUGCAGCCAAGCCAACAACACCAUUUGGUGCUCCAGCUACCAAUGCAGCCACGCCAACAACACCGUUUGGUGGAUUUGGCACGCAGGCAACGACUACUGCCAUGGGUAGUAUGUUUUCUGCUCCAGGAGCAAAUGCCUUUGGGGGAAUGGCAUUGAACAAACCGGCUAUUGCCAGUGUGACACCCCGAACAGCGCCACCAGGGUCAACAGCUACCGCAACUCCUUCUGCUUCUGCUCCAGCAAACAAACCACUGUACACUGUUCCUUCAACAUUCACACCAGUGGACACAAAACCAGACACUUCAGCUCCACCAUCAAUUGCAGAUGAAAGUCUUAAGCCUGACGACAUAGAGCCUAUUAUCAAGGACAUGAUUGCCCUACAAAUCGAAGCCUUUAGCCAGGAUAUCCAAAAGCAAAAGGAACAGACGAAGGAACUCUUCAAAGGCAUUGCAGCACCAUCUGCUUUGAGGGCAUACGCAAAGAGACUGGAUGAUCUUCAGGAGCUCAAUGACCAAGCCAAGGAUGUGGAGUUCGAGUUGGAUGUACAGGGAUUGCGACAGGGUCUUAAUGAGGCAUAUGCCAUCGUAGCAGAGUGUCGCGGGAAGCUGGAGAUUUAUAGAAAACCAGAGAUUACGCGUUUAAUGAACUCGAGCUCCUGUGAUCCCUCUGGCCGUCGCAUGCUAGCUCGUCUUCAGAGCUACGUGGCUGCCAAUGAGGCCCAGCUGCGUCUUGCCCAGCAGCAUGUCGAUAUGCAGUGGGAACAGUUUCAGGAUGUUGUGCGGCGCAAUUCGAAGUCUCGCAUGCACAUGCCUUGCCUAGAGGGAAUCUAUCAACGACUGACAAGACUUCAAAACCUCACUUCUAACCAGCGAAUUCUACAGAACAACAUAAAGGCCAAACUUAAGGAGCGCGGAUUGCUGCAGGCCGCUCUGCUCGACCAGGAGAAAAGUCGCACCCGCACCAACGAAGCAGUGGAUACAUUGGCCGACUCCAUUCUCAAGAUGAGUCUGAGCCAGGUAGUGGACUCUAAUGCAGCCAAGCUCUCUCGAGAAAGACUACAAAAAAUCCGUAAUGUUGUCCAGCUGCAGAAGAUCAAUGUCAUUUGUCCCCAGCGACCAGAUCGAGUGGGGCUCAAGUCGGAGGUUAUUUUGGAAACGAAACGUAGGGCGGAGCAAAUUAAAAAGGCAGCAGCCAAACCUGCAACAGCCAACAAAUACACCCAAUCAGCAGUCGCUCCGCCUCCCACACCAAAUGUUGCAUCCACGCCAGCUGUCGCACCCAUGCCACAAGCAAGUGUCACAGUGGCUCCUUCGCUGCCUAAACCAAUGCCAUCUAUACCGUCCCUUGUGGAAAAGCCUGGAGUGCCCACAACUACAACUCCAGCGGCUACGUCAUUUUCCUUCAGCCAAAGCAGCCCGUUUGUGAAUACAUCUACUGUGACGCCAACGACAAAUACUAUGACUCCUGGCGAAGCUGCCAAGCCGGGUCUAUCCAUUUUCGGCGGCAGUACUAGUUCCAGCUUUAGUUUCGGCGGUGGUGCUGCCAAGUCGACGCUCUCAUUCGGAGCAGGAUCGCCAGCCGUGGCAGCUCCUACCCCAAAACCAAACCCGUUGGCAGCGGUCGAAAAACCAACACCAGAGCCGACUAAGCCCAAAGAGCAGAACGCAGCUAUGACUCCUGGCGAAACUGCCAAUCCGGGUCUAUCCAUUUUCGGCGGCAUUACUAAUUCCAGCUUUAGUUUCGGCGGUGGUGCUACCAAGUCGGCGCUCUCAUUCGGAGCAGGAUCGCCAGCCGUGGCAGCUUCUACCCCAAAACCAAACCCGUUGGCAGCGGUCGAAAAACCAACACCAGAGCCGACUAAGCCCAAAGAGCAGAACGCAGCUCUAGAACUCAAGGCGGUACAACCCGAAACAGAAGAGUCAAAAGUACCCCAAAAACCAAAGGCAGAGACGGAAAACAAAUCCUUUGGAUUUGGAGGAUUUACAGGAACUGCAGAUACUGCCGGAAAUACUUCCAGCUCCCCGUUCAGCUUUGGCGGGCUGGGUUCAUCUCUAGGUUUCGGUGGAACAGCCGCUGCUGUGCCAAAAUCUGAACCUUCCAGCACGGCAACCACUAAUGUAGCGACAUCAGCUUCAACUGCACCGUUUGGCAUCUUCUCGGCAGCUUUGGCAAAACCAUCCAACUCUGAACCGAUCACCACAGUGACUAGCAGCACAACCACCAUCACCAGCAAACCCGCGAAUGUAAUAGCUUCUAGCAGCUCAACUGAUGCUCCUUCCGCGACCAACAACUCGGCUCCUAUUGGAGGCCUAUUUAGCUCUGUGAACAUCUGCAAGCCCAACACUCCUGCAGAUAACACCAAACCAGCCAACAUUUUUGGAGGCGGUUCGUCCGCUGGUAGCUUUUCAUUUGGCGGAACAACUGAUGCCUCAAAGGGAUUAUUCGGCAGUAUCAAGUCGGUGACAUCAGCCACUACAGCUCCCACAAGUGUGACGGAGGCGAACAACAAAACUGAUCCUAUUUCAACCACCGCAUUAAACAUUUCAACUACUACUACUACGACGGCUGUAUCAAGUCCAGCAGUAGUUCCUGCGGCAGUCACCGCAGCAAUUCCGGCAACAUCGAGCACAACGGUAACAUCUAUCGCUGCUGUUCCUGGCAGCGCGUUCUCCUUCUCAAACGCAUUUAGCACUCUAAGUGCGGGAGGUGCUGUAGCUCCAACUACCACCGCUCCACCUCCCUUAACUGCCAACAGCCCCACCUCUACAUCUACAGGCAGUAACUCGUCGAAUUCAGUGUUUGGUGGUGGCUUUGCAGCAGCAACAUCAACAACGGCUCCAGUGGCUAAUCCCUUUCAGUCAGCUGCAAAAAGUCCAGUUUCGAGUGGAAACAUUUUUGGCAGUAUACCUAAGCCGGAGACCAGUGUUUUCGGAGGGGUUGCAACUGCUCCUUCAAACACCACGGCUGCGGCAACACCAGCUGCACCACCAGUGGGUCUCUUUGCAUCGGCCGCGAUUAGUAACCCUUCGCCGUUUGGUAGUCCGACGACUAGUGCACCAGCCUCUGGCGUCAACAUUUUUGGUCAGGCUGUUAAGCCAAGUGUCUUUGGUCAACCGGCACAAGCAGGCGAUAGCGGAGGAUCAAUUUUUGGUGGCGGAUCCGCCAGUGCACCUUUUGGAUCCAGCUCAAUUUUUGGAGGAGGUAAUACGCAGAGCGCAGUCGGCGCCCCGGCUGCGGGAAGUACUUCAAUUUUUGGCCAAAAAGUGUUUGGUCAAUCAUCAGUGGCUGCACCGGCAGAAGGUGGAAAUAUAUUCUCCAAUCCCGUCGGCAGUCCGCAAGCUUCUCCUUUUGGUGGCGGAGGAAACUCCAUUUUCGGAUCACCAGCAACAGCUUCGCCCGCAUCUGGCGGAUCGAUCUUUGGCGGUGGCAGCAGCUCUGGUGGAUUUGGCUCCUUCACGCAGACAACACCAGCUCAGGGGGGCUUCGGUGGUGGAUUUGGACAGAGCGGAGGAGGAUCUGUGGCCCAGACUGGUUUUGGCUCACCUCAAACCGCGCAGCAACAAACGACGACACCAGGUGGGUUUGGAGCCAAGCCCGUUUUCGGUGGAUCCCCGGCUUUUGGGGCUAGCCCCACAUUUGGGGGAGGUGCCACCUUUGGCAGUCCGAAGGGAUUUGGUGGAUUUGGCGGUGCCAGCCCAGUAGCCUCCCCUCCACCCUUUGGUGCUGCUGCAAAGCCGGCACAGGGAAACAUCUUUGAAACGUUGGGGGGACAGGAAUCGGGACUCUCUUUCGGAAAUCUAGCACAGACUGGAAACUCAAAUGCACAGAAACCAGCGUUUGGCGGAUCGAGCUUCAUGAAUUAUCGUUGAGUUCAUAAUAAAUAUGUUGCACAACUCAAUACAUUUGCUUGUUAAUGAAAUAAAUGAUUAUUAAAAUGUA